UCCAGUCCCUCUCCGCGCAGGUGCCUGUUCUAUCCUCCGCUCGCUCCUUCAUCAAUCAUGGACGUUCAUGGUCACAAAUAUACAAGAUUCCUGCAACUUUGUUGAAGUACCUCAAAAUAGGAAGCUUUGUUCUGCUUUUGGUUAUUGUUCAACAUCCCAAGAUCUGACAACCAAAAGAUGUGUGCCCUGCAACUCAAAGGAUAUGCGGCCCAUGACUGAACAGUCAGCAAAAGAACAGCUCUCGCAGGUACAUGGUUGGAACCUGUCAACUGAAGGUGGUGUGAUGAAGCUACAUCGGUCAUGGAAAGUCAAAAGUUUCACCAAAGGAUUGGAAUUUUUCCAGCUUGUUGCAGAUGUUGCGGAAGCAGAAGGUCAUCACCCUGAUCUUCAUCUGGUUGGUUGGAAUGAUGUCAAAAUUGAUAUAUGGACUCAUGCAGUUGGAGGACUGACUGAGAAUGACUUCAUCCUUGCUGCAAAGAUCGGUUCUCUUCAGGUGGAGCAUCUCCUAAGGAAGAAGCCUGCUGCUACUUAGAGAGAGGAAUUGUUUCUUUUUGGCUGCAAGUUUAAAAUAGACUCUCCAGAACUUAAUCAACGGGGCAUGUUAGAGUAUAAAAUAAUCAUAGGUCUGGUUUGUGAGUCACAUUAGUGUAUGCUUAUGAUUGUGUACUUGUGUUUUAUCUAUCCAUUUAAACUAUUACUGGUGCAAA